AUGCCUGGCCCAAAUUUAAAAGGAGUUUCAGUGCUUCGUCUGGUUACUCUAUUGGUAUUUGCAGGACUGUAUUUCUUGUUUAUUCAAACCAGCUGUUCAGUUACUCUGCCUAAACCACUACAAUAUAUAGAAAAUUAUUUUGGCCAGGACAGUCACUCUCUUUCUGAUGCAGCAGAAGAUAAACCUGUUCUUCUGCUCUGGUUCUGGCCUGAACACUACUUCUUUGAUUUCAGUGACUGUAAAACCAUUUACAAUAUUGAUGGUUGUCAUUUGACAGACAAUAGAUCACUCUACGACAGUUCAGAUGCUGUCCUUAUUUUUCACAAAGAUAUCGAUCGGGACCUGUCCAACCUUCCUCAAUCUCCUCGUCGUUUGUUCCAGAGGUGGAUUUGGUUUCAUGUAGAAUCACCAACCAACACCAUAAAAAUACCAGGUCUGGAAAACCUGUUCAAUCUAACUCUCAGCUACAGACAGGAUGCUGAUAUUAGUGUACGGCUGCGCUUGAACACUAGAAAGAAAGUAGAUGAGCAGUUUGUAAUUCCCAAAAAGGACAAACUGGUGUGUUGGAUUGUAAGCAAUAAUGAUGCCUGGACAGGAGUAGGCACAAGGAACGAGUUUUAAAAAGAAUUCAGCAAGCACAUCAAAGUGCAUUUGUUUGGAAAGGCUUAUGCAGUUCUUGAUUAUAACGAGUACUAUUCUACCUUUCCCGAUGCGAAGUCACUAGCAGAAUAUCUGCUUCAGCUUGACAAGGAUGAAAAUGCAUAUCACAGGUUCUUCAACUGGAAGAAACAUCUCUCUCCAACCCCUCAUUUGAUUCAGCAAACACAAGAGUUUAUUCUGCCAGUUAAAGAUUAUAAGGGCAAAUAUUUUUUCUUAAUGAUAUGUACAGAUGAAUUGUUCACCGCAAAACUAGCAACAUGA